AUGGAAGACGACAAGAAAACGUCGCGAAGACCGGGCCCAUUCAGGAUGGUCCAAGGCGCGGACAACAGUGAAUCGUGGAAGGACUUCAAGGAAGCCUUCAGUGACUAUGCCCUCGUCGAAGAUCUCUACGAGCAGUGCCCAAGGAAGCAAAUAGCAAUCUUCAGAGCCUGUUUCGGUGAUCACAACGGACAGUUUUUGCGUAUUUUGAAUCUGCGAGAAAUUCAAGCCGACGACGGUACGACGGAUGAUGACUCUCCCUGUGACACGCUCGCUAAGAUGAUCGGGAAAUUGGACGAAAUAUUCGCGCCCAACGAAAACAUCUAUUUCCGCCGGCAUCAAUUCUCAAAAAUCAAACAAAGUGCAAGUGAAUCGGUGACGGACUUCGUCAAUCGCAUUAUGAAAGCGGUCAAGCCCUGCAAGUUCACAUCAGAAUCUGAGAUGAUCAUCAACCAACUCAUAAGCGGCACAAGUCUUGAGGUUGCGCAAAGAAUCAUAUUUGAGGCGGAUAUCAACAAAGAAUGGACCAUCGAGAAAAUCGUCGCCACAAUGAAGCAAACCGAAGCAAACAACGAACCUGUUACCGGCGUUUCGAAACGCAGAGAUGGCAAGUGA